AUGGUAAAUGUUGUAAAUAUUUAUCAUCAUCAAACACCACCAAUUCUUCCACUUCAAUUUCACUCCUCUCCUCCUCCUUAUUUGACCAGGGGAGUGCCUGGAAAGGUGGUGAUAAAAUGUUCAUUUGAGAACCCUUCCUCAAGUAAUGUUGCAGUAAGGCAUGUGCUGUCUGGGUUUGCGGCCUCAUUAAUAUUUCUUUCCCAGACAAAUCAGGUUCUUGCAGCAGAUGUGUUUCAAUCCCGCACUAUCUGCCAGCUUGCAAUUGCUGCAGAAAAUAAAAUAACCCUUCCACUUGAUGAGAAUUCUGAUGAAGGAAGGGGAAGACUAAUGAUGAUGAGAGGUAUGACAGCUAAGAAUUUUGAUCCUGUAAGAUAUUCUGGAAGGUGGUUUGAAGUAGCUUCACUUAAACGUGGAUUUGCUGGGCAAGGUCAAGAAGACUGCCAUUGCACGCAGGGAGUGUAUACAUUUGAUAUGGAAAAACCAGCUAUCCAGGUAGAUACCUUUUGUGUUCAUGGAGGCCCUGAUGGUUAUAUCACAGGUAUAAGGGGAAAUGUUCAGUGCUUGUCAGAGGAUGAUUUAGAGAAGAGUGCUACAGAGCUAGAAAAGCAAGAAAUGAUCGCAGGGAAGUGUUACCUCCGUUUUCCAACCUUGCCAUUUAUCCCCAAGGAGCCGUAUGAUGUGAUUGCUACUGAUUAUGACAACUUUGCUCUUGUUUCGGGAGCAAAAGACAAAAGUUUUGUCCAGAUAUACUCGAGAACACCUAAUCCUGGACCUGCAUUCAUUGAGAAAUACAAAGCUUAUUUGGCAGACUUUGGGUAUGAUCCAAGCAAGAUCAAGGACACCCCACAAGAUUGUGAAGUUAUGUCCAACAGUCAGCUUGCCGCAAUGAUGUCUAUGUCCGGAAUGCAAAAGGCUCUUACAAACCAAUUUCCUGAUCUAGAAUUAAAGGCCGCAGUCAAAUUUGAUCCCUUCACAAGCGUGUUUGAUACUUUGAAGAAGCUACUGGAGCUUUAUUUCAAAUAG